CGAAUGGAGCAUAGCUUGCCUCGAUAUUAUUGUGUUUUAUAGCAUACAUUGCAGAAUUAUUUUUAUUCUUUCUUUUUCUUUUUCCAAAUAAAUUUCAUUCAAAAAUAUAAAUUGAAUUGCUAGAAUGCACUCAACCAAGCUGAAGGAGGGCGAUGAGCGGGAGGAGAUGGAGCUCAAUCAAAUCUGGCGCGCUUGUCGUAAAAUUCAAGGCGCCAUCUUUCGCCACAACUUUGACAUCUGUGCGGACAUAAAGCAACACGAUCCAGGCUGCUCUGGCUUUGUAUCGGAAUCAAUCUUCACCUCGGUGCUGGGCAAGUAUCGCAAAGUAAGCGGCUUAUCCGAGCACGAACUGCGCGAUGUCACCGACUAUUUCCAGAUACGCGAUGGACGCAUCGCCUAUCGUCAGUUCUGCAAAGUAGUCUGCGGGGAAAAUCUGCAAAAGAGCGCUGAAAAGGAGCUGGCAAGUGGACUGGAGUGGAACGAUCCUUGGCACCUGAAUGUCUUGCCACAGCCCGAAGAACGCCGCAAGCUUUGCUUGAUACUGCUGAAGAUAGCCAAAGAGACACAUUUGCCAUUGAUGCCUUAUUUUCAGGACUACGAGCUGGUCGCUCAAAACGUGGGCGUUGUCACAGUUUCCCACUUUUCACGCGUCUUACACUUUAUGAAAAUUCCGCUGUCCGAGUCUGAUUUUCUGCUGCUGCUCAAGCGCUACAUGAAGGAUGGUUACAUGGUCAACUACGUCGCUUUUCUCAAGCACAUCGACAACAUCAUCGACUACCUGAGAUGCCACAAUCUCCUGGAUAACUCGGGAGAUGUCAUACACAACUUUCCUGGUCGCCUUGUGGAUCUAGAGCUCUCCCAGCUGCCCGCUGUUAAUGGCUGUCAGCUAUCACAACCUAUCUUCCCGGAUGCCUGCAAUCAUCCCAAACUGAAUCGUGGUCAGUGCGACAUUGUCUACUGCAUCCAGGAUUAUAUCUUCAAGAAUCGCGUGCGCACCUGCGAGUUCCUCGAGAAGUUCGAUCCGCUGAACGUGGGCAGUAUUACCAAGAACCAGUUCGAGCGUGGCCUUUCCAACAUGGGCGUUGGCAAGUAUCUCUCGCAGCGUGAGCUUGCUCUGCUCUCCGAUCGCUACUUGGAUCCCCUCGACACUAAUCGCAUACGCUGGCGGAAUUUUGUGGACGAAAUUGAUACAGUGUUUACCAUCAAGAAUCUGGACAAGAUGCCGCAGUGCGUGGUCGAGUCCCCGCUGCAGCACAUCAAGGAGCUGCCGCGUCCUGGCACCUUGGACUGGCAGGCAGCACCGCAAGACAUACGCGAGCUGUGUGAGGAUGCCAUCUCUAAAAUACGACUGCGCAUACGCAACCGACGUCUCUACCUGCAUCCCUUCUUCCGCAACUAUGACAAACUCCACAGCGGACACGUGAAUUGCCAUCAGGCGAAUCAGAUCUUCCGCAUCAAUGGCAUUCUGCUGUCGAAUCCCGAACUCGACGCUGUGCUGCAUCGCUACGGCAACGAGCUGGGCUUCUACUACACCAAGUUCCUGGACGAUGUGGAUCCCGCGGACUACGCCAUGCCCCACAUGGUGGGCAAGCAGCCGCUGCAAGAGUGUCCGCCAUUCGCACGUGACAAGGCCGAGCAGCAACUGGACAGCGAGGAGCACAUUAUACGCAUUCUGACCAGCGCCAAGCGACAGGCGAUCACCAAGGGCGUCUCGUGUAUCGAUUUCCUUGCCGACUACGAUCGCCAUCGCGAGGGAGAAAUACUCGAGAGCGACUUCAAGCGUGCACUGGACAAUUCCAUGAUCAUACUCAACGAAGACGAUGCCACAACGUUGGCCAAGAUCUUCCGCUCCCCAAAACGCGCCGCCUGUGUUCGCUAUCGGGACUUCUGCAAGGCGCUCGACGAGAUCUUCAUCCAGGUGGACACGCACAUGGGUGACAAUGUGGUCACCGCUGUGCCGCUGCUGCAUCUUCCCAAUCUGGACUGCGUCAACUGUUUCCUUAACUUUGAUGAGCGCACUUUGUGUUCUCAGGCUUUGAUGAAGCUCGCUCGACGCCCCGAUGAGAUCUCCAAUCUCAGCCAGAUCUUUAAGGACUUUGAUCGUCAGAAUUGCGGUUCGGUGAGCAAGAAUCAAUUCCUUCGCGCCAUCACUUUGAGGGAGAUGCACAACAUGCUCAGCAGUCGUGAGCUGGAGGCCAUCAACAAGUGCUUCGGGGUGGAGCGGGGACUUUGUCUGGAGAUCAACUAUCGGGAGUUCCUUAACAUACUCGAUGUGCUCUUUGCCACGGGACAAAUGAAGCGCAACUAUUAAAAUAAACUUCAUAAAUGUUUCGAUGAUGUCUUUGAAAUUCUUUGUAAUACUUUGGAAACCAUUCUCUGUAAUAAUUAACGAA